AUGCUAUCUACCAACACCACUCUUUCUUCCAAACAAACUGUUGAAUUCGAACAAGAAUACUCAGCCCACAACUACCAUCCGCUACCGGUAGUGUUUGAGCGGGCGCUGGGAGCCCAUGUGUGGGACCCUGAGGGGAAAGAAUAUCUGGACUUUCUAUCGGCGUACUCCGCUGUCAACCAGGGUCAUUGCCACCCUGAAAUCAUUGGUGCUCUUGUGGACCAGGCCUCUAAACUUACUCUUUCGUCGAGAGCCUUUUCCAACAACGUUUUCGCUGCGUUUGCCAAGUACGUGACGGAGUACUUCAACUACGAAAUGGUGCUGCCUAUGAACACCGGCGCGGAGGCUGUGGAAACGGCCCUAAAGCUUGCCAGACGGUGGGGUUACACCAAGAAGAAUAUCCCCGAUAACGAGGCUAUCAUCCUAGGCGCCCACAGCAACUUUCACGGUCGUACCUUUGGUGCUAUUUCCCUGUCCACGGACGACGACUCCCGCAACAAGUUUGGACCCUUCUUGGAAAACACUACUUCCAAAAUCCCCGGUGGAAACGGCCAGUACAUCCGCUACGGUGUUGUGGAGGACGUUAAACAGGCUUUUGAAAAUGCUGGUCCCCGUAUCGCCGCUUUGAUUGUGGAGCCAAUCCAAGGUGAAGCCGGUAUUGUGGUACCAGAGGCAACGUACUUGACCGAGGUUCAGAAAUUGUGCCGCCAAUACAACGUGCUGUUGAUCUGCGACGAAAUCCAGACCGGUAUUGCUCGUACCGGUAAAAUGCUAUGUUAUGAGCACUCGCCAGACGUCAAACCCGACAUGGUGUUGUUGGGUAAAGCCAUCUCUGGCGGUGUUCUGCCUGUCUCGUGUGUUUUAUCCUCCAAGGAUAUCAUGCUAUGUCUGGAGCCUGGUUCCCACGGGUCCACCUACGGCGGUAACCCAUUGUCCUCCCGUGUUGCCAUUGCUGCUCUUGAGGUGGUGAGAAAGGAGAACUUGGUCCAAAGGGCUGAAGAAUUGGGUAAUUUCUUACAAAGUGAGCUUCUAGAAUUACAGAAGUCUUCCGGUGGCAUCAUUUCUGAAGUCCGCGGCAAAGGUCUAUUGACUGCUAUUGUCAUUGACCCCUCCAAGGCCAACGGUAGAACUGCCUGGGACUUGUGUUUGCUAAUGAAAGAUCAAGGUGUUCUUGCUAAACCUACUCACGAACACAUUAUUAGAUUGGCCCCACCUCUGGUGAUCUCGAAGGACGACUUGUUGAAGGGUGUUGAAGCCAUCAAAAAAUCUUUGGAACUCUUGCCAACUGUUGAAAAGGCAUCCCACUAG